GGUAAGUGUGACUCCAGGGAAGAGUGUUGCAGUCCGGUAUCCCCAGACUGGAGCAAGCCCACAGCAGGCCAGGGAGACUGUCCCUGCGCACACCAGCUGCGCUCAACCAGAACGGGAGCGCAGCAGAUCGGGCCCGUACGCACAGGAAGAGAGGCUGUAAGGCGAGCGGCAGCCGUAGAGUGAGGCAGCUGGAGACCGCGGCCACGCCGGUGAUCUUUCAAGAUGGCGCCCGCACACGUGAGCUAGGAGGCAGUUCGCGGCACCCGAUUCAGGCCCCGCCGAGGACCCCACACAGGCACCGGUCACCGGAGCAGUCAAGCAAAGUUGUUUGCUGCGCGAAGCCAGGAGCAGAGCCUUCCUCAGCGUUCACAUGGACAGAAGGACUUUCUGCCGGAUGGAUCAGAAAUACAGAAUGACAAACUGCAGAUCUGUCGGGCAGAGCAAAGGAAGCUGCUGGCAGAAGAGCGUGUGGAGCGACUAGGAAAUUUGGGGAGAGGAGUUUGGACACCAGAAAAAGAAUUGGUGGAGCUGACAUUGCCUGCGGGCAAGUUUUGGCAGACCAUGGGGUUCACAGAGGGGGGACGACAGUGUCUGCUGCCUGAGGAAGCAGUCUAUUUACUUGAGUGUGGAACUAUACAGAUAUUUUACAGGCAUCUUCCACUGUCUGUCCAGGAGGCUUAUGGCAGACUGCUCUCCUGUAGUUCAUUCAGUCUUUUACAAUACCAGGUAUAUAGCCACUUGAAAAGAUUUGGCUACAUUGUCACCCGCUUUGACCCAAGCUCAAUACAGUUGCCUUAUGAGAGGCAGAUAAACUUGGAGAGCGACGUUGUAUCAAACAGAAAACGUAAGAGGAGUUCAAGACCAUGCAGUUUAAAAAGUCAAAAUGUUUCGGAGAUGCCAGGAAAUAUUUCUUCAAAACCUAAGAUAAACAAUUGCCAAGAAGCAGUGGUUUCCUUCGCCCCAGAACCAGUCACAUUUGUUCCAAUUGUAUUAGAAAAUAUAAAAAGUGAUGAAGCCAAAAAAAAUAACAAUAAGUCGGCAAAUAGAGAAGAGAAAGCUAAAUAUUUUGAUGCCACUGUGAAAUCACAAAGAAAAUUCAGAUGGGAUUUCUCAAAAAUCUGCUUUCCAAACUGUGCAUGUGAUCAGCUGUGCCUUCAGCUGCCAGAUCCAGAGCCUUCCUUUCUGCCUACUAAUGUGAUUGGGCGUCAGGCAGACAUAUCUCCUUGGUUAGGAAAGCUAAACUUGCAUCCAGAGAAGUACUCCAGAAGAGAACUCGAGCUGUUGGAGUGGGAACGGAAGUACAAAAUCAGCAUCAAUACUGACCCUAAAAUGAAAAAGUGUAGCAACUGGAAUGAAUAUAAGAGGCUCCUGCGAGAGAGAGCAUGUCAGAGUCAUAAUGAAAGACCAGCACAUCUUUGGUCAACUACAGUAAGGCCUCUGCUGACUCCAGGACAUGUGAAAUCUACAGCUUCGGUUCUAGAGCAAGUAGCAGUAAUCAGUCAAUCUAAGUUAGUGGAGGACGGUAAGAGGUUUCAGGACAAGCAGAAUAUAUUACGGAUACACUUUAAUUUGUAUCAAGCUGAUGGUAACACAGAGUUUAAGAAAUCAAAACCAGGCAAACCAUAUGCUUAUUUAUGUGUGCACAGAUUUGAUGAGCUGAUCCCUUCAUUGCAAACCAUAAAAAAUCUGGCAUACCAAAGUGGAGAAAUACCAGUUCUAUUCGCUCUGGUGGACUGUGGAGAAAUAGCCUUUUACACCUUGAAAGAUUUUCAGCUACCGGUGGAUGUUUAGUCUUGAUAAAGUAUAAUCCUUGAUCAUCUCUUUGUAUUGAAAAUGUUCUGCUUCUUAUAAUUAAAGAUAUUUCUUUCAAACAUAUGUUUUAAAAACAAAACUUCAUGUAUUUAUUUGAAAAAAGAAGCUAAACCAUAAUCGACAAUACCCAAUAAAAGUAAAACUAGUGAAGCUAGGGCUACACUGUGACUUUUUCUAGCACUUUUUUAACCAUUAAGUACAAAAAAAACCAAAAAACAUAAUUUGGUCAGCACAUCCCACAUAACACUUAUAGAUGUUAUAAGUACCGUAUAUCCCGUCGUAUAAGACGACUUUUUAACCCUGAAUUUUCUUCUGAAAAGUCGGGGGUCGUCUUAUACGCCGGGUAUUGAGAACCGGGAUGGGAAAACUUCUGAUUAUCUGCCCAGGCCAGCUCCCGUGUGUGGCUGCAGGCAGGGGCCGGCCAGAGCAAGUAAAAACUAAUACUGUUUGUGGUCAGGACUUAUCACUGUACGUAGUCUUACCGUUCACUGAGGAAGGACUACGAUAGUCCGAAACGCGUCUGAUUACUCUCACACUGCCUGACACACCUCUCUAGAGAUCACCACCAGAUACCCCACGUUCACAAUCUCAAGUCACCACCUACAGCUAUCGCAGAGCGCUCCACGGCUAUUACCAAGGAGUACCGAGCAUUACCAGCAUUAUCACAAAGACAGAGACCCCCUCAGAGACCGACAAAUUCAGCGCACGGACUAGGCGACCGGCCUAUCGGCAGACAGACCGCAACGCCAGGACAUCCCAGCGCCACGGACAUUGGGACCCCAUCUCGCAGAGCCUCACUCCACCUACCCACAGGACGGGUAAGCGGUACACAGUACCAAAGACUUUAUUUUUACGGCCGCAGAGCCGCCAAUUCAUUUGCACUAUUGCACAGCCGCCGCGCUGUGUAUGCAGGAACCAUCUAACCAUACCUUCAGUAGAGACAUUGUUAUCUAUACCCCUGAACCUACGGAUUAAGUGACUUGUUAUUUAUCCCCACCACUGUACUUUAUUUAAAAACGGCUGAGCCGUACCUCUGUUUUUCUUGCAACGGUGGGCCCCAGACUGGGGGUCUCCAGAGGUUGCAAGUACACAUAAGUGGAUCUGCCUCUAACCACCACUGAACUUUCAAACUGAGAGUGUGUUGUCAUCUAAUCACAUAUACUGUGUGUUUUAUUUCACAUCUUUUUAUAUAUUCAUCUGUACCUUUUAAUUACAACAGGUGGGAAAGAGUGCAAGGGCCCUGCACUCUUACU